UUGCACCCAAGAAUGAAGAGGAAGGGGUUUUUUGUCAUUGGACCUUCCUAGGGUUUUAAAUCUACCCACAUAUAUCUCAUACCCCCCUUCUUCUGAACUACUCUCACUCUUCAAGCCGUCUCACAGAAAACCCUAGAUUCCUGUUCGUUCUCUCUCUAAGGGUUCAUUCGUGGUAGAAAUGGCGACAGUUCCGGGACAGCUGAUAUGGGAGAUCGUGAAGAAGAACAAUUCUUUUUUUGUGAAGGAAUUCGGGAAUGGGACUGCCAGCGUUAAGUUCAGCAAGGAGCCUAACAAUCUAUACAACCUGCACUCGUACAAGCACUCCGGGUUGGCAAACAAGAAGACAGUGACCAUUCAAGCUGGCAAGGACCAGUCAGUGCUGCUUGCAACAACAAAAACGAAGAAACAGAAUAAACCAUCCAGCUUGCUUAACAAGUCUCUCAUGAAGAAAGAGUUUAGCCGCAUGGCCAAGGCUGUUUCAAACCAGGUGGCUGAUAACCAUUAUAGGCCUGACCUGAAGAAGGCAGCCCUUGCAAGGUUAAGUGUUGUGAACAGAAGCCUCAAGGUUGCCAAGUCUGGUGUGAAGAAGAGGAACAGGCAGGCUGCUUAGGUCCUGGGUAGAAUGUGAUGUUGCAGAUGGAUUAGCUUGAACUGAGAGUUCAGUUCUUGUGCCUAUUUGCGUGAUAGAGUACCAAAUUUUUGCAGUUACCAUUUUCACCGGAUUUCUCAUUAGUUGACGUUAUAAUGGUUACUUGUGUUUUCCACCCAAAUAGUCUGAAUUACUUCUUAUUUUACAUAUGGUGUUGAUUAUGAUGCGAUGAUGGAAUCCUGUUCCGACAAUUCUUGGUGUUUUUAGCAUCAGACUACUAGAUGCUUUGUGGUCUA